ACUGUGAACUGCACUUGCGGAAGAAUUGUGACGCCCCUCAAAUCCACAGAAACGAAAGCGAAAGCAGAGUGAGCUGUGGUUUUCUUAUUUACGAGGUUACGUCAAUGCUACGUCAGAUGUCUACCGAGGAUUUCUCCCUUAUUAAUGGUGAUUCUAUGGGAACCCUGGAGAACAUACAGAAGGAGAUCAACAAAUGCAAGUGUCAACAUGAAGCUUUAUUAAAGCAGCAUGAAAUAAUUAAAGACGGAAUAGAAAACAACAAAACCUUUGCUAAGACAUUUCAACAACGCACUGAAGACAAAAAAAAUUCUCUUGAGGUAGACGACAAAAAACGUACUGAGAGUUUGGAGAAAGAGCAGGAGAAACUGAGCACUUCACAAAAGGAGCAGGAAAGACUCAGAACAGAAAUCAUGCGAAUGAAGGAGGAGCUGGAAAGUGUGGAGAAGAAAAAUGACUUUCUAAGACAGAAAACUGAGGUCUCUACAGCAGUGCCUGAGAAGAAGGUUGUAUUUAAAGGAAAGACAGCAGAAGGUGCACAUUGUCAAAGCUUUGAUGCAAAUCCCCGCAUAGUUUAUCCGAUGGAGGGCGGGACAGCACUGAUCACCUUUGAGGAUGAGGGAGUGGCUCAAAAGGUUUUGAGUUUGAAGGAGCAUAAAGUGCAGCUCGGGGAAUGUACCAUUAAUGUGCAGGCUCAACCAAUUCAGUUCCUGGUACCAACCUAUAUUGAGAUGGACACGCAGAUUUGCCCACACAGAAUCUUAGUCUCUAACCUGCCAAAUAAAGUACCUGAGGACAAACUGCUAGACAAACUGCAGAUCCAUUUUGCAAAGAAAAAACAUGGAGGCGGCGAUGUGGAUGAUGUAGACAUGCUGCAUGAUUCUGGCACUGUGGUCAUUACCUUUACAGAAAAUAAUGUUGCCAAAGGUCUUACAGACCAACUGGAACAUAAAGUAGAAUUCAUGAAAAACCAGACACACAAAGUAAAAGUCACUCCAUUCCUCAAUGGCGAGAUUUCACGACUUCAGACCCGCGACUCGAUGUGCCUGCGCACAGUUCAACUUACAGGCAUCCCUGACAUUAUGGAACUAGAGAAUCUGCAGGACCACCUGGAGAUCCACUUUCAGAAGGCAACCAAUGGUGGCGGAGAGGUGGAGAGCAUCAUAUACAACCCCAUUGACCACACCACCCUGGCUCUUUUUACAGAGGACUCCCCUGAAGACAGCCAAAGCAUCUAAAACAACAUUUCCACUGAUAUUGUACAGCUAGUAAACCUGAAUAGCUAUUAGAUAUUAUGCUGAUUUUGGGCCAGGAAGUAGAUUACAGAUUUCAUGACCUCCUGAUUUAGGUCUAUUAAGUAGAACAAAUUCCUACCUCUUUAUUUGGUUAUCUUUAACUCAUUACACUUUAAGGGCUAUACAUAGAUUAAACUAUACAUUAUAUAAUUCAUUAUUACAUAAGAGCUAUUUUAACGUUAUAUGCUUUAGUUAAAAAAAUUGUCAUGUUUGUAAAUCUUAUCUAUGGGAAGAUGUGGGAUUAUUCAGUUAAAUGUCUCACAUAUUAAAAUAUUUAAAAGUUGUACUCAAAGUCUGAAUGCAAUAGUGUGAAAGUACCUACCAUGCAUAAAUGUAAGUGAAAAAUUAUGGUCAUGGUUACUGUGAAAGAACAAAUAAGUGAAAUAACAAAAAGUCUUACAAAUAAAUGUGCCAAAAAUGAC